CCUCCGCAGACGCCCCUUGAGUCGCUCUGGAAGGGAUGCGCAGACACGUGAAGCACGUGUGAAACCACCCCUCCCUCUUUCCAGGAGAGCGACGAAGCGGAGGCUUGUCGGGAGGCUCUUUCGCCCUCAUGACGCCUCCGCCACGGCGGGGCGCUGAACUAGGCACAGUUGGCGAGGCAGCGAAGCUCGCUUCGAGCCCUGCUGACCGAGGAGCGGCUUCCGCGGCCCAAGCGAGGCUGGUCUGGGGCUACCGGCCGUGGACUUAGCCGUUUCUCUGAGUCCUCUCAGCCGGGCUGGAGGGAGGAGGCUUUUCUCGGCUCUUCUGCUUUGUCUUGCAAGCUCCCGCAGAGACGGCGGUGGACAGCGAGUCCAGAUCUCCUCGAAGAUGAUUAGAAUCGCAGCACUGAAUGCCAGUUCUACUGUUGAAGAUGACCAUGAAGGAACCUUUAAAAGCCACAAAACUCAGACAAAGGAGGCUCAGGAAGCAGAAGCAUUUGCUUUGUAUCAUAAAGCUUUGGAUCUUCAGAAGCAUGACCUGUUUGAAGAAUCUUCCAGAGCUUACCAUGAGCUACUUGAGACUCGCCUGCUACGAGAGGCAGUGCCGUCUGGUGAUGAGAGAGAGGGAUUAAAGCAUCCUGGCCUGAUGCUGAAAUACUCUACUUAUAAAAACUUGGCUCAGCUGGCAGCACAGCGAGAUGACUUGGAGACAGCUAUGGAAUUCUACUUGGAGGCUGUCAUGCUGGACUCCACUGAUGUCAACCUGUGGUACAAAAUUGGUCAUGUAGCUCUCAGGCUAAUGCGCCUGCCCCUGGCACGACAUGCUUUUGAAGAAGGUCUCAUGUGUAAUCCAGAUCAUUGGCCUUGCUUAGAUAAUCUUAUCACUAUCCUCUACACUCUCAGCGAUUAUACAACAUGCUUGUAUUUUAUCUGCAAAGCACUGGAAAGAGACUGCCAGUACAGCAAAGGACUUGUUAUUAAGGAGAAGAUUUUCGAGGAGCAGCCGUGCCUCAGGAAGGACUCGCUAAGGAUGUUCCUUAAAGGUGACCUGUCAAUCCAUGACGUCAAUGUGAGCACAUCUGAAGCAAGAACAAUAAUUGAGGAAGCACUGGAGCUGCGCAGGAAAAGGCAGGCUUUGAUGGCACGGAAGAGAGAGCCGGAUCUGAAACUUAUCCAGCCAAUUUCUGUUUUCACGUGGAAAUGUCUUGGGGAGAGUUUGAUGGCGAUGUAUCAACACAUGACAACUUGUGAACCACCUCAGCCCAGUCUGGGCAAAAGAAUUGACCUCUUGGAGUAUCAGGAUCUGGACAAGCACUUGGCUGUUCCUACAACUUCCGCUCUUGUUAGUGUCAUCCAGCCCAACCCAGUGAACACUAACCCUGUGCCGUCUGUGACUGAACCACUGCUAACAUACACACCUGUGACGCCUACCUUUCCCAGUCCAAAUGUUUUGGAAUCAGUAAAUUCUGCAGGUGAUGCCUCUGCAAGUGACAAAUCAAAGAAAGGAGUGAAACGGAAAAGAAUCACUGAAGACAGUGGUGAGACAGCAAAGAGACGAUCUGCUAGAGUGCGGAAUACCAAGUGCAAAAAGGAAGAGAAAGUUGAUUUCCAGGAAUUGCUGGUGAAGUUCCUUCCUUCACGCCUAAGGAAGCUUGAUCCAGAAGAAGAGGACGGUGCUUUCAACAACUAUGAGGUCCAGUGUGAGGCUAAGGAAGAGAGCUUCCUGCCUGUUGGUUCUAAUAGAACGUUGUUUGACUUGACCUCGUGCAUGGAAUCUGAAAAGCAGGAUGUCCAUAAAUUCCUCUUGGCUAACUUGAACAACGGAGGCAUUCUUGAACUGAUGAUGAGGUAUCUGAAAGCAAUCAGCCAGAAGUUCCUAGUGAAAUGGCCACUUGGGUUAUCUGAGGUUGUCUUGAAUAUCUAUAACAACUGGAGAAAGCACAGCAGUAGCCUACCCAAUCCGCUGCUAAGGGACUGUAGCAACCGACAUAUCCGAGAUAUGAUGCUAAUGAGUCUGUGCUGCAUGGAGCUGCAGCUUGAUCAAUGGUUGCUGACUAAAGGGAAGAGCUCAGCAGCUGCAGGUUCUGGAAAUGGCAAAUUUGGCCUCGACUUCCCAGGUACCCAUUUCUUGGGGGAUUUGCUGCAGCUUUCUUUUGCCUCCUCGCAGCGAGACCUCUUUGAGGAGGGUUGGCUGGAGUUUGUGGUUCGAGUGUACUGGUUGAAAGCUCGACUUCUGGCCCUUCAGGGCGACAUGGAGCAGGCCUUAGAGAACUAUGAUGUCUGCACUGAAAUGCUCCAGAGCUCUGCUGCUGUUCAAACCAAAGGCAACAACGAACGAAGUGUCGUCAUCAGAUUGCCAAAUCUCCAUGUUGAUUCUGUGGUUUCUUUGGAAGAGAUUGAUAAAAAGUUGAAGUCUCUGGAGAGGUGUCAGUCUCUGGAGGAGAUCCAGCGCUUGUGUGAGGCUGGGGAUUACACAGCUGUGGUGCACCUACUUCGCCCAACAUUAUGCUUCAGUGGAUAUGGCCGGACGAAACAUUUGGAAUUUGUGAUCUCCAUCCCAGAAAGGCCUGCUCAACUGCUUCUGCUGCAGGAUUCCUUGCUAAAACUGAAGGACUACAGGCAGUGCUUUGAAUGUUCAGAAGUUGCCUUGAAUGAGGCUUUCCAGCAGAUGAUUAACAUGACGGCAGCAUCUGCAAAGGAAGAGUGGGUGGCUACCGUCACACAGCUGCUCAUUGGGAUUGAUAGUGCCCUGUCCUCGGACAGCAGCAGCCUAAAUGAUGCUUCUAUGACGCCAAGCCUCAUUCGACUGACUAACAACCUCAUCCAGAUAAUAGAUUGCAGCAUGGCUGUCCAAGAGGAGCCCAAAGAACCAUUUGUGUCUUCAGUGCUCCCUUGGAUUAUUCUUCAUAGGAUCAUUCAACAUGAAGAGGACAAUUUCCGGUCCCUUUGCUGUCAACAAGAGGAACAGAUACAAAAUCAAAAUGAUGAAGCAGUGGUGCAAACUCUUGACACUCCAAUGCUGCCCUCUUCCUUAAUGCUACUGAAUACGGCUCAUGAAUAUCUUGGGAGGAGAUCCUGGUGCUGUAACUCAAAUGGAGCCCUUCUUAAGUUCUAUGUACGAGUUCUGCAAAAAGAGCUUUUAGCCUCUACUUCUGAAGACACCCAUCCUUACAAAGAGGAGCUGGAAACUGCCUUAGAACAGUGCUUCUAUUGCUUAUACAGUUUCCCAAGCAAAAAAAGCAAAGCACGGUACUUGGAAGAACAUUCCACACAGCAGGUGGACCUGAUGUGGGAAGAUGCCUUAUUCAUGUUUGAAUAUUUUAAGCCUAAGACUCUUCCUGAGUUUGAUAGCUACAAAACCAGCACAGUUUCUGCUGACCUGGCCAACCUUCUGAAGAAGAUGGCAACCAUUGUUCCUCAGACGGACAAGCCUAUGCUGAGACUAGAGGAAGUGUCAAGCUACAUUGAAGGAAUUCUGAGCAAGGUGCCAGCUCUUCCUGAGGGUGCAGAUUACUCUCCACCUGUUGUGACAGAGCUCUACUACCUCCUGGCAGAUUAUCACUUCAAGAACAAAGAACAGUCCAAGGCCAUCAAGUUCUACAUGCAUGACAUCUGCAUCUGCCCUAACAGGUUUGACUCUUGGGCUGGCAUGGCUCUAGCUCGGGCAAGUCGAAUUCAAGACAAACUGAAUUCCAAUGAACUGAAGAGUGAUGGCCCCAUUUGGAAGCACUCCACUCCAGUCCUGAACUGUUUCAAAAGAGCCCUUGAAAUCGAUAGCUCCAACCUCUCCCUGUGGAUUGAGUACGGUACCAUGUCCUAUGCCCUGCAUUCUUUUGCUUCCAGGCAGCUUAAGCAGUGGAAGUCAGAACUACCACCUGAGGUGGUGCAGCAGAUGGAAGGCCGACGUGAUAGCAUGUUGGAAACAGCAAAGCACUGCUUCACAUCAGCUUCUCAAUGUGAAGGUGAUGGGGAUGAAGAGGAAUGGCUGAUCCAUUACAUGCUGGGCAAGAUUGCUGAGAAGCAGAAGCAACCUCCUGUGGUCUACCUUCUUCAUUACAAACAAGCAGGUCACUUCCUCCAUGAGGAAGCGGCCAGGUAUCCCAAGAAGAUACACUAUCAUAACCCCCCAGAACUUGCAAUGGAGGCCCUGGAGGUGUAUUUUCGACUUCAUGCCUCUAUCCUGAAGCUAGUGGGAAAGCCUGACUCUGGAGUGGAUGCAGAACUACUUGUCACUUUUAUGAAGGAAGCUGCUGAAGGGCCAUUUGCCAGGGGUGAGGAGAAGAAUACUCCCAAAAUCACUGAAAAAGAAAAACUUUGCAUGGUGGAUGAAGAUUCUCACUCUUCUGCUGGAACAGUGCCAGGCCCUGGGACUUCCCUCCCCUCCUCCUCCGGUCCAGGUCUGACAUCCCCACCCUACACAGCUACUCCAGUUGACCACGAUUACGUCAAAUGUAAAAAAAACCAUCAGCAGGCAACACCGGAUGACAGGAGUCAGGAUAGCACUGCAGUAGUGCUGUCGGAUUCUAACUCUACACAAGACAUGUUUACAGAACCUGCCAGCUCACAAGACAGUGCUAAGAAACCUUUUCCAGAGACAAAGCCUUAUUCUUCCUGUGUAGAAUCUACUGCUGGCAAAGAUAUCCCAGAACCUUCGGAAGAAAGAGUCCCAGGAAAGUCAGAAGAACCCUUAGAGACCUCUGAACUCUGCCAGGCAGCUGAGCAGAAGCUAGAUCCUCAGGCACCAUCUGGCAUCUCCUCCAAAGCCUCAGCCUCCUCACUUUCCCAGUGGGAUUCUAAAAGGCAAGCUGAUCCUUGUGCAGACCAGUUUCCUCAGAGUCUUCCAGUGGAUCUGGAGGAACAACGUCAGUUUCUGACAGAGCAGUGCAUCACCUCCUUUCAUCUGUGCCUCAGCCGUUUCCCUCAGCACUAUAAAAGCCUCUACAGGUUGGCUUAUCUCUACGCAUACAGCAAAACCCACAAGAAUCUUCAGUGGGCUCGAGACGUGUUACUAGGCAGCAGUAUCCCAUGGCAGCAACUGAAGCACAUGCCAGCACAGGGUCUCUUCUGUGAGAGGAACAAGACCAAUUUCUUCAAUGGAAUUUGGCGCAUCCCAGUGGAUGAAAUCGACCGCCCUGGUAGCUUUGCCUCUCACAUGAACCGCUCCAUCGUCCUUCUGCUGAAUGUGCUGUCACAGCUCAAGGAUUAUGGCACCCUGCUGAAAGUCUCAUCUAUGCUCCAGAGGACUCCCGACCAGGGAAAGAAGUACUUGCGGGAUGCAGAUCGCCAGGUUCUUGCCCAGCGUGCCUUUGUUCUCACAGUGACAGUGCUGGAGGACAUGCUUAAUGAGCUCACAGAGGUUUCAGAAGAUCAAGAUUCUGAGCACUGCGGCCUUUGGGGGGGAAGGAUGACAACAGAUGUCUCUAACAAAACUAGUGCGGAAGAGGGACAAGAGAGCCUCCCCAAGAAGACAACUUUGUCUGAUGGGGGGGUGGCAGCAGCCUGUGGUGCAGAAAAUGGGAUAAAAGAAGUAACCCAGGGACAGCCUUCCACUGCUAUGGACAUUGUGGAACAGGAGAAUAAAGGUGACAAGGAAAUGAAGGAGACAUCUCGACCAAGCUCAACAGAGCCCAUGGAUUUUGAUGGGUAUUCCAAUGACCCUGAAAAACUGGAUUCUUCCUUUAAAUGCACCGAGUCAGCUCGAGUACUAGCUGGCAGGAUCUCCAAGGACAAAACCUCUGAGAGCCGGACUGCCGAACUUUCUCUGGAGGACCUAAGCAUCAGCUCUAAGCAUCAGCUGCAGGAGGCAGUGAAGGUUCGAAUACCAACAGUUACAGCAGAGGAGAUUAUCCAGAGACCAAACCGAAAGAGAAAAUUGGUGGGUGAUGCAGAGUCUGGGAAAACUCUGCUUCUGGAUGCUUAUCGUGUGUGGCAGCAGGGUCAGAAGGUCAUGUCUUAUGACCUAGGCAAGAUUGAGAAGAUCAUGUCCAAGACUUACAUGCUAAUUAAGCAGGUGGAUGAAGAAGCAGCCUUAGAACAGGCAGUCAAGUUCUGCCAGGUGCACAUCGGAGCAUCAGCACAAAAGCAAUCCACAGGUGAAACACCCACCACUCCAAAGCCUACAAAAGACAGCAGAGAGAGCUUCUUCCCAGUAGCUCCCACAUCACAGAGCCUCCCUUCUUCAGUGACCACUGAGUCUGUGACUUCAGAGAACUUUCUGAGACUGACUGAUUUGCCUUCGAAGCCGAAGACAGCCUCUCCUUCCUCAUCUGCAGCUGUGCUGCUGCCACCACAGGCACAAAUGGUGGCAGAAAGCAUAGAGAAGCCUCCUGCUAUGCCCUGCCUUGCACAUGAGGAGGAAGAAGGGAAGACAGACCGGCCUUUGGAAGGGCUUGGCUUUCAGCAGCAGGAGUCCUGCCUUUGCCAGCAGAUGAAGAUGGCGACUGUUGCCCCAUCAUCACAUCCUGCUCGAUGGCAAGUGGCGCUGGAGUCAAUGACCAACACAAGCACAGGGCAGGUCUGUAGCCGAGCCUCCAGUUCCAAGACAGACCUGCAGCUGUUAGAAAGCCAGCAGAGCAAGGUUGACAGCAGCCGAGUAAAGUCACGCAUUUUGGCUAACAUGCCAAAGCUUUUGAUCCCGUCAUCCAUUACCAAAUUCCCUCCUGAGAUCACCGUCACCCCACCGACCCCUACUCUGCUAUCUCCCAAGGGCAGCAUUUCAGAAGAAACUAAGCAAAAGCUAAAGUCUGCUAUUCUUUCAGCCCAGUCUGCAGCAAAUGUGAAGAAAGAGAGUCUCUGUCAACCUGCCCUGGAGAUCGUGGAAACCUCAAGUCAGGAGUCCUCCCUGGAAAGUGAUACUGAUGAAGAGGAUGACUACAUGGACGUAUGAUGAUGCUCCACCGAAUUGCAGCAGCGUUGCCAACCAGCCCCUUGCCUCAGUUGUCCCCCUUCUACCAUUGCUGGUGUUGCCUCACCUUCACACAGAACAAUGGCUGUCCCUCAUCAGUCUAUAUUGGAUUCUGCUCUCCUGAGUCUCAGAAACUUAAAAGCCUGUGGCAGCUUCUCGCUCACACUCUUGUCUCCAAGUUUGGCCUGCUGGCUGAGCAGAGAGGUUGGUCCUGCUACCAAAAUCUUGCAUCGCUUGUUUCAUUCAGCAACACACUGGCUUAUUUGUCUCAAUGUUGGCUUCAGGAGCCAGAUGGAAGAGAACGCUUGUGGGCUCUGCCUCUUCCCAUUUCCUUGGCCAAGUUGUUUAGACCAUGGGGUGACAAGAUAUUUGGGGGCAUGGAAAAUGUUGCAGAUUUCAAUAUCAUUUUGCUAAUGUCUGUUGGUGUUUUUUUUUUUUUUACAGAAUGACACGGGGGGGGCUUUUUUUAAAAAAAUGCAUCUACAGAAGGAUUAGUUGCAUUUAUAUGGGGACGAAAAAGGGAACCAAGCAUUUUUUUACUGAAUGUUAACUUUGUAAUAUAAUGAAUGCAUACCCUGCACAGAAAAAGAGACAUGUCACAUACAUGACACACAUAGAGCUUGCCUUGCUGGGAUUUGAUUUGUUGGGGGGAGGGGGAAUCAGAGUUAAACAAAUUGUGCAGUGCAGAGCUUUAUAUAAAUAUACAUUUUUGUAAUAAAGUGAA